AUGACUUCCAGAGGAAUACGGCCUGGAUUUUCUGCAAUGUUGGUAUCCCAAUUUGGUAAUGUUCAAGGGCGACUGUUAUGGACAGCAGGUAUGUCUACAUCUAUGAGCACAGUUGUUGUCUAUGACACUGUGAAAAGACAUGCAGUAUUAACAGUUCAGGUUGGAAUUCCUAAUAGUUUUGUAUCCUUAAGCUACACACACAAAUUUCAAAAUGACGAUGAUUCAAAAUUACGAGGUGCUAUACGAGUUGGUGUGUUCAGUACAAUUCUAGAAUGUGCAGUUGAAAAAAAAAUUACUGAAUACAGUACAUUGGGAGCAACCAUGUUGAUUGGAGUGCCUACGGGUGUCACACUCCGGAUAAAGUUAAGUCGAGGCCGACAAACCUUCCUUUUUCCCAUCCAUCUUUCUGAUCAUGUAUCGCCAAGUGCCAUUUUUUAUGGAACCGCUGUCCCUUUAAUGCUAUAUCAUGCUGUGAAAAUUCUUGUUAUUCAGCCAUACUUACAGGAUCAGAAAAAAAAAGAAAUUGAAAAGAAGCAAGAAGAACACAGUGAUAUGCUGUAUAAGAAGAAAAUGGAAGCAGAUGCUGCUGUUCACUUGAUGCAAGAAACAGUCCAGAGAAUUGUUGAAGAGGAAACUGAAAAGAAUGGUUUGAUUAUAGUGAAAGCUUUAUAUGGGAAACUUGAUGAUAAAUUAGAAAAUGGGUUUGUGGAGGGCAAAUACAUUGAUAUUGCUGUCCCACUUCAGUGCCUUGUCAAAAAUUCAUCACUGUUGAUACCAGAAAAGAACAGUAAAACUGGACUUUUAGGAUUUUAUGAUCCUUGUUUGGGAGAAGAAAAAAGUUUAUACAUUCGUUAUAAAUUUAGGGGUAAACUGCAUCAUGUAACUCUAGGAGAUUUUGAGCCACUCAAAAUACCCAUGAAAAAGCAUUUAAUCAAGGAUAAUGAUUCGAAUGGAACGGAGGGGGUCAUCUAUCUAUCUAUCUAUCUAUCUAUCUAUCUAUCUAUUAUACAUUCAUCAUAA